CAGCGGCCACCAUCAUGGCCUUCGUACCUGCGCCCAGCCCCACGGUGGUGGACCAGACCACUCUGAUGAAGAAGUACCUGCAGUUUGUGGCAGCGCUCACAGACACCAACACACCCGACGAAACCAAGCUGAAGAUGAUGCAGGAGGUCAGCGAGAACUUUGAGAAUGUGACCUCUUCACCUCAGUAUUCCACCUUCCUGGAACACAUCAUCCCUCGCUUUCUGACAUUUCUCCAGGAUGGCGAGGUGCAGUUUCUUCAAGAGAAACCCACACAGCAACUGAGAAAGUUGGUCCUGGAAAUCAUCCAUCGCAUUCCGACCAACGAGCACCUUCGCCCGCACGCCAAAAACAUCUUAACUGUGAUGUUUCGCUUCCUGGAGAUUGAAAAUGAAGAAAAUGUGUUAAUCUGCCUCCGCAUCAUCAUCGAACUGCACAAACAGUUCCGUCCUCCGAUCUCUCAGGAGAUUCACCACUUUUUGGACUUUGUGAAGCAGAUCUACAAAGACCUGCCUAAAGUUGUUGCCAGGUACUUUGAGAAUCCCCAGGUGAUCGCAGAAAACACGGUCCCAUCUCCAGAGAUGGUGGGAAUGAUCACAUCAGUGUUGGUGAAGACCGCGCCCGAGAGGGAAGACAGUGAAACGCGAACUCACACCAUCAUCCCUCGGGGGUCGUUGUCCCUGAAGGUGUUGGCAGAACUCCCCAUCAUUGUAGUUCUGAUGUAUCAACUCUACAAGCUGAGCAUCCAUAAUGUGGUGUCAGAGUUUGUGCCGCUUAUCAUGAACACCAUCAUGCUACAGGUGUCUCCUCAAGCCAGGCAACACAAACUUUAUAAUAAGGAGCUUUACGCAGACUUCAUCGCAGCCCAAAUCAAAACUCUGUCCUUUCUGGCUUACAUCAUCCGGAUCUACCAGGACCUGGUGGCGAAAUACUCCCAGCAGAUGGUGAAGGGGAUGCUGCAGCUGCUGUCCAACUGCCCCCCGGAGACCGCUCACCUGCGCAAGGAGCUGCUCAUUGCAGCCAAGCACAUCUUGACCACCGACCUCCGCAGCCAGUUCAUUCCUUGCAUGGACAAACUUUUCGAUGAGGCCAUCCUGAUCGGAUCCGGUUACACUGCCAGGGAAACUCUCAGGCCCUUGGCCUACAGCACCCUGGCAGACCUGGUGCACCACGUCCGUCAGAACCUGCCCCUGACGGAUUUGUCUCUAGCCGUGCAGCUCUUUGCCAAAAACAUCGACGACGAGUCGCUUCCCAGUAACAUCCAAACCAUGUCCUGCAAGCUGCUCCUCAACCUGGUGGACUGCAUUCGUUCCAAGUCGGAGCAGGAGAACGGGAAUGGGCGGGACAUUUUGAUGAGGAUGCUGGAGGUGUUUGUGUUGAAGUUUCACACUAUUGCACGCUACCAGCUCGUCUCCAUCUUCAAGAAAUGCAAACCUCAGUCAGAAAUGGGCGCGGUCGACCCGGGAGCUCUGCCUGGGACGUUCCAGGUGUCGGACUGCCGCAGUUUAGUCAAGACUUUGGUGUGCGGCGUGAAGACGAUUACGUGGGGCAUCACUUCCUGUAAGGCCCCUGGAGAAGCUCAGUUCAUUCCUAACAAGCAGCUGCAGCCAAAGGAGACUCAGAUCUACAUCAAACUGGUGAAAUAUGCCAUGCAGGCCUUGGACAUCUACCAGGUCCAGGUUGCCAACAACCAGCAAACCUACAUCAGGGUGGCGAACUGCCAGACGGUUCGCAUGAAGGAGGAGAAGGAGGUUCUGGAGCACUUUGCUGGCGUCUUCACCAUGAUGAACCCCCUCACUUUCAAGGAAAUCUUUCAGACCACCGUGCCGUACAUGGUGGAGAGGAUCUCUAAAAACUACGCUUUGCAGAUCGUGGCUAACUCCUUCCUGGCCAAUCUGUCGACUUCUGCCCUGUUUGCCACCAUCCUGGUGGAGUAUCUUCUGGAAAGGCUGCCGGAGAUGGGCUCCAACGUGGAGCUGUCCAACCUUUACCUGAAACUUUUUAAGCUGGUCUUUGGCUCCGUUUCGCUGUUUGCAGCUGAGAACGAACAGAUGCUGAAGCCUCACCUCCACAAGAUAGUGAACAGCUCCAUGGAGCUGGCCCAAUCAGCGAAGGAGCCCUACAACUACUUCCUGCUUCUGCGCGCCCUCUUCCGCUCUAUUGGUGGAGGCAGUCACGACCUUCUCUACCAGGAGUUCCUGCCGCUGCUUCCCAACCUCCUGCAAGGUCUGAACAUGCUGCAGAGCGGCCUUCACAAGCAGCACAUGAAGGAUCUGUUUGUGGAGUUGUGCCUGACGGUUCCGGUGCGUCUGAGCUCGCUCCUGCCCUACCUGCCCAUGCUGAUGGACCCGCUGGUGUCCGCUCUCAACGGCUCCCAGACGCUGGUCAGCCAGGGCCUUCGUACGCUGGAGCUGUGCGUGGACAACCUGCAGCCCGACUUCCUGUACGACCACAUCCAGCCUGUCCGGGCUGAACUCAUGCAGGCUUUGUGGCGUACGCUCCGCAAUCCCGCUGAAAGCAUCUCCCACGUGGCUUACCGGGUGCUGGGAAAGUUCGGAGGCAGCAACAGGAAGAUGCUGAAGGAAUCCCAGAGGCUGCAUUAUGUGGUGACUGAGGUCCAGGGCCCCAGCAUCAAGGCUGAGUUCACAGACUGCAAAGCGUCCAUACAGCUUCCAAUGGAGAAGGCCUGGGAGGUCAUUAAGUGCUUCUUGGUUGCCAUGACGAGCCUGGAUGACAACAAACACGCUCUCUACCAGCUCCUGUCUCAUCCCAACUUUACAGAGAAGUGGAUUCCCAGCGUGAUCAUCUCUCACCGCUAUAAAGCCCAAGACACACCGGCCCGCCGAACUUUUGAACAAGCCCUGACCGGGGCCUUCAUGUCCGCCGUGAUCAAAGACCUGAGGCCCAGCGCCCUGCCUUUCGUCGCCAGUCUGAUCCGGCACUACACCAUGGUCGCCGUGGCUCAACAGUGCGGCCCCUUCCUGCUCCCAUGUUACCAGCUCGGCAGCCAGCCCAGCACAGCCAUGUUCCACAGUGAGGAGAACGGCUCAAAGGGCAUGGACCCGCUGGUCCUCAUCGAUGCCAUAGCCAUCUGCAUGGCCUACGAGGAGAAGGAGCUGUGCAAGAUUGGAGAAGUGGCUUUGGCUGUCAUCUUCGAUGUGGCCAGCAUCAUCCUUGGCUCCAAAGAGAGGGCUUGCCAGCUGCCCUUGUUCUCUUACAUCGUUGAGCGUCUGUGCGCCUGCUGCUACGAGCAGGCCUGGUACGCCAAGCUCGGUGGCGUGGUGUCCAUCAAGUUCCUGAUGGAGAGACUGCCUCUCAUCUGGGUUCUUCAGAACCAGCUGACGUUCCUGAAAGCCCUGCUCUUUGUCAUGAUGGACCUCACAGGAGAAGUAUCAAACGGGGCAGUGGCCAUGGCCAAAACCACCCUGGAGCAGUUGCUGGUGCGCUGUGCCACUCCUCUGAAGGAUGAGGAGAAGACCGAGGAGCUGCUGGCUGCUCAGGAGAAGUCCUUCCACAUGGUAACCCACGACCUGGUCCGGGAAGUCACUUCCCCCAACUCCACCGUCAGGAAGCAGGCCAUGCACUCCCUGCAGGUGCUGGCCCAAGUUACCGGAAAGACUGUGACGGUGAUUAUGGAACCACACAAAGAGGUUUUGCAAGAUAUGGUUCCUCCCAAGAAACAUCUGCUGCGACACCAGCCUGCUAAUGCCCAGAUCGGCCUAAUGGAGGGCAACACGUUCUGCACCACCCUGCAGCCCCGCCUCUUCACCAUGGACCUAAAUGUCAUGGAGCACAAGGUCUUUUACACAGAGCUGCUGAACCUUUGUGAGGCAGAGGAUGCAGCUCUGAUGAAGCUUCCAUGCUACAAGAGUCUUCCUUCCUUGGUUCCUCUCCGUAUUGCCGCCCUCAAUGCCCUGGCAGCCUGCAACUAUUUGCCCCAGUCCAGGGAGAAGAUCAUUGCUGCUCUGUUCAAAGCCCUAAACUCCACCAACAAUGAGCUGCAGGAAGCAGGAGAAGCGUGCAUGAGGAAGUUCCUAGAGGGCGCCACCAUUGAGGUGGACCAGAUCCACACUCACAUGCGGCCGUUGUUGAUGAUGCUCGGAGACUAUCGGAGUCUGACGCUCAACGUUGUGAACCGCCUGACCUCUGUCACCCGGCUCUUCCCCAACUCCUUCAACGACAAGUUCUGUGAUCAGAUGAUGCAACACCUGCGGAAAUGGAUGGAGGUGGUUGUGAUAACGCAUAAAGGAGGCCAGCGCAGCGAUGGCAGUGAGAUGAAGAUCUGCUCUGCCAUCAUCAACCUGUUCCACCUGAUCCCAGCUGCUCCUCAGACUUUAGUCAAACCUCUCCUGGAGGUGGUCAUGAAGACGGAGCGCGCUAUGCUGAUUGAGGCCGGCAGUCCCUUCAGGGAGCCGCUGAUCAAGUUUCUGACUCGUCACCCGUCCCAGACGGUGGAGCUGUUCAUGAUGGAGGCGACGCUCAAUGAUCCCCAAUGGAGCCGGAUGUUCAUGAGUUUCCUGAAACACAAAGAUGCCAAGCCACUCCGAGACGUGCUGGCUGCCAAUCCCAACCGCUUCGUCCCCCUGCUCGUCCCCGCUGGCACAGCGGCGACCGUCCGACCUGGGUCUCCCUCCACCACCACGGCCAGACUGGACCUGCAGUUCCAAGCCAUCAAGAUCAUCAGCAUCAUUGUGAAGAACGACGAGGGUUGGCUGGCAGGGCAGCACUCCCUGGUCAGCCAGCUCAGACGAGUGUGGGUCAGCGAGGCCUUCCAGGAAAGACAUCGCAAAGACAACAUGUCCGCCACCAACUGGAAGGAGCCCAAGCUGCUGGCAUAUUGUCUGCUAAGCUACUGCAAGCGCAACUACUCGGAGAUCGAGCUGCUCUUCCAGCUGCUACGCGCUUUCACGGGCCGCUUCCUUUGCAACAUGACCUUCCUGAAGGAGUAUAUGGAAGAGGAAAUACCCAGAAAUUACUCCAUCGCCCAGAAACGCGCCCUGUUCUUCCGCUUCGUAGAAUUCAACGAUCCCCACUUCAACGACGAGCUGAAGGCAAAGGUGCUGCAGCACAUCCUGAAUCCCGCUUUCCUCUACAGCUUUGAGAAGGGAGAAGGCGAGCAGUUACUGGGACCUCCCAACCCCGAAGGGGACAAUCCUGAGAGCAUUACCAGUGUCUUCAUCACCAAGGUGCUGGACCCCGAAAAACAGGGUGAGCUGUUGGACUCGCUGCGGAUCUGCCUGCUGCAGUUCUCCACCCUGUUGGUGGAGCACGCGCCCCACCACAUUCACGACAACAACAAGUCCCGCAACAGCAAGCUGCGGCGCCUCAUGACCUUCGCCUGGCCGUGCCUGCUGCCUAAAGCCUGCGUGGACCCUGCCUGCAAAUACAGCGGACACUUACUUCUAGCGCACAUCAUUGCAAAAUUUGCCAUCCAUAAGAAGAUAGUCUUACAGGUAUUCCACAGCCUUUUGAAGGCCCACACCAUGGAAGCCAGGGCUAUUGUCCGUCAGGCCAUGGCCAUCCUGACCCCAGCGGUGCCGGCCCGAAUGGAGGACGGCCACCAAAUGCUGACCCACUGGACUCGAAAAAUCAUCGUGGAGGAAGGACACACAGUCCCACAGCUGGUUCACAUUCUGCAUCUUAUAGUGCAACACUUCAGGGUGUACUACCCCGUCCGCCAUCACCUGGUGCAGCACAUGAUCAGCGCCAUGCAGCGCCUGGGCUUCACUCCCAGCGUGACCAUCGAGCAGAGGAAGCUGGCUGUGGACCUGGCUGAGGUGGUGAUAAAGUGGGAGUUGCAGAGGAUCAAAGACCAGCAGCCGGAGUCUGAGGGCGAGGCAGUGGCGGGUGAAGGGACCAGCGGGGGAGCCGUGAAGAGGGGGCUGUCCCUCGAUGCAGCCGCUGCCGCCGGUCAGGAUGUUAAGAGAUUCCGCACUGCGGCCGGCGCAGCCUCCACGGCGUUUGGUCGCAGUCAGUCCCUGCCAGGAGCGGAGAACCUGCUCAACAAGCCCGUUGAGAAGCAACACACGGACACUGUUGUCAACUUCCUCAUCAGGAUUGCUUGCCAGGUGAACGACAGCACCAACGUCGCUGGCUCUCCCGGGGAGCUGCUGUCCCGCCGCUGCGUUAACCUGAUGAAGACCGCCCUCCGGCCCGACAUGUGGCCCCGCGCCGAGCUCAAGCUCCAGUGGUUUGACAAGCUGCUAAUGACCGUGGAACAGCCAGCACAAGCCAACAUCUCCAACAUCUGCACCGGACUGGAGAUCCUGUCCUUCCUGCUGACUGUGCUGCAGUCCCCCGCCAUACUGGCCCACUUCAAGCCGCUGCAGCGAGGCAUUGCUGCAUGCAUGACCUGUGGGAACACCAAAGUUCUGCGGGCCGUCCACUCCCUUCUCUCUCGCCUCAUGAGCAUCUUCCCCACUGAACCAAGCACAUCCAACGUGGCGUCCAAGUAUGAGGAGCUGGAGUGUCUGUAUGCAGCUGUGGGAAAAGUCAUCUACGAGGGGCUCACCAACUACGAAAAAGCCACAAGCAACACCAAUCCCACACAGCUUUUCGGAACGCUGAUGAUCCUGAAGUCAGCCUGCAGUUAUAACGCCAGCUACAUCGAUCGCCUCAUCUCCGUGUUCAUGCGCUCGCUGCAGAAGAUGGUUCGGGAACACCUGAGCCCCCAGCAGGCCAAUCCGGGGGUGACUGAGACCAGCACAGUGACCAGCGAGUUGAUAAUGCUGAGUCUGGACCUGGUGAAGACUCGGCUGUCCGUCAUGAGCAUGGAGAUGAGGAAGAACUUCAUCCAGGUCAUUCUCACCUCCCUGAUCGAGAAAUCCGCCGACCCCAAAAUCCUCCGCGCCGUUGUGAAGAUCGUGGAGGAGUGGGUGAAAAACAAUUCUCCCAUGGCCGCCAACCAGAUGCCAAACCUGCGCGAGAAAUCCAUCUUGCUGGUGAAAAUGAUGACCUACAUUGAGAAGCGUUUCCCUGAUGAACUUGAGUUAAAUGCCCAGUUCCUGGACCUGGUUAAUUACGUCUACAGGGAUGAAAGCCUCUCAGGAAGUGACAUCACAUCCAAGCUGGAGCCUGCCUUCCUGUCUGGCCUUCGGUGCACUCAGCCUCUAAUCAGGGCCAAGUUCUUCGAGGUGUUCGACGCCUCCAUGAAGCGCCGCGUCUACGAGCGGCUGCUUUACAUUUGCUGUUCUCAGAACUGGGAGGCCAUGGGCAACCACUUCUGGAUCAAACAGUGCAUCGAGUUAUUGCUCGGGGUGUGUGAGCGAAACACCAUCAUCGGCACCAGCUGUCAGGGAUCCAUACUGCCCUCCAUCACCAACGUCAUCAACCUCGCUGACAGCCAUGACCGCGCUGCCUUUGCCAUGGCGACACACGUGAAGCAGGAGCUUCGUGAGAGGGAAAACAGUGAGACCAAGGAGGAGGAUGUGGAGAUUGAUAUAGAAUUAGCACCAGGGGACCAGACCGCCAUUCCCAAGACUAAAGAGCAAGCGGAGAGAGACACGGGCAACCAACUGCACAUGCUCACUAACCGUCACGACAAGUUCCUGGACUCGCUACGGGACGUCAAGACGGGUGCUCUCCUGAAUGCGUUGGUUCAGCUCUGCCACAUCUCCACACCUUUGGCUGAGAGGACGUGGGUGCAGCUGUUCCCCCGGCUGUGGAAGAUCCUCUCUGACAGACAGCAGCAUGCUCUGUCCGGCGAGAUGAGUCCGUUCCUGUGCAGCGGCAGUCACCAGGCCCAGAGGGACUGCCAGCCCAGCGCCCUGAACUGCUUCGUGGAAGCCAUGUCCCAGUGCGUGCCCCCCAUCCCCAUCCGGCCCUGCGUGCUGAAGUAUCUGGGCAAGACGCACAACCUGUGGCUGCGCUCCACCCUCAUGCUGGAGCAGCAGGCCUUCGAGAAGGGCCUGAGCCUGCACAGCAAGCCCAAGCCCAGCACAGAGUUCUACGAGCAGGAGAGCAUCACGCCGCCGCAGCAGGAGAUUUUAGACUCCCUGGCAGAGCUGUAUUCCCUUCUCCAGGAGGAGGACAUGUGGGCAGGCUUAUGGCAGAAGAGGUGCAAAUUUCCCGAGACCGCCACAGCCAUCGCCUACGAGCAGCAUGGCUUCUUUGAACAGGCCCAAGAAAGUUACGAGAAAGCAAUGGAAAAGGCAAGAAAGGAGCACGAGAAAAGCAACAUCUCCCCCGCCAUUUUUACCGAGUACCAGCUGUGGGAGGACCACUGGAUACGCUGUUCCAAGGAACUGAAUCAGUGGGAGCCGCUGACUGAAUACGGCCAGUCGAAAGGACACUCGAACCCUUAUCUGGUGCUUGAGUGCGCCUGGAGGGUUUCCAAUUGGGGUGCCAUGAAGGAGGCUCUGGUCCAGGUGGAGCUCAGCUGCCCCAAGGAGAUGGCGUGGAAGGUGAACAUGCACCGCGGCUACCUGGCCAUCUGCAACCCAGAGGAGCAGCAGCUGAACUUCAUCGAGCGGCUGGUGGAGAUGGCGUCCAGCCUGGCCAUCCGCGAGUGGAGGAGGCUGCCGCACAUCGUGUCCCACGUGCACACGCCGCUGCUGCAGGCGGCGCAGCAGAUCAUCGAGCUGCAGGAGGCAGCGCAGAUUAAUGCCGGACUUCAACCCGCAAACCUGGGCCGCAACACCAGCCUCCAUGACAUGAAGACCGUGGUGAAGACCUGGAGGAAUCGACUGCCCAUCGUUUCUGACGACCUCUCGCACUGGAGCAGCAUUUUCAUGUGGCGCCAGCACCACUAUCAGGCCAUAGUGACGGCGUACGAGACGAACACCCAACACGAUCCCAACAACAACAACGCCAUGCUGGGAGUCCACGCCUCCGCCUCUGCCAUCAUUCAGUACGGAAAGAUAGGUCGCAAACAGGGGUUGGUGAACGUGGCUCUGGACAUUCUGAGCCGCAUCCACACCAUCCCGACUGUCCCCAUCGUGGACUGCUUCCAGAAGAUCAGGCAGCAGGUCAAGUGCUACCUGCAGCUGGCCGGGGUCAUGGGCAAGAACGAGUGCAUGCAGGGUUUGGAGGUGAUUGAGUCGACCAACCUGAAGUACUUCACCAAAGAGAUGACAGCCGAGUUCUAUGCUCUGAAGGGCAUGUUCCUGGCUCAAAUUAACAAGUCAGAAGAGGCCAACAAGGCCUUCUCCGCCGCCGUGCAGAUGCACGAUGUGCUGGUGAAAGCCUGGGCCAUGUGGGGAGACUAUCUGGAGAACAUCUUCGUCAAAGAUCGGCAGUCCCACCUGGGCGUGUCGGCUAUCACGUGCUACCUCCACGCCUGCCGCCACCAGAACGAGAGCAAGUCCCGCAAAUACCUCGCCAAAGUGCUGUGGCUGCUCAGCUUCGAUGACAAGAACACCCUGGCAGAUGCUGUGGACAAAUACUGCAUUGGAGUUCCACCCAUCCAGUGGUUGGCAUGGAUACCUCAGCUCCUAACCUGCUUAGUUGGGUCAGAAGGCAAACCUUUGCUGAACCUAAUCAGUCAGGUGGGACGAGUGUACCCCCAGGCUGUCUACUUCCCCAUCCGCACCCUCUACUUGACUCUCAAAAUCGAGCAGAGGGAGCGCUACAAAAGUGAUGCAUCUGGGCAGCAGCAGCCCAGCUCGGUGGGGGCGCAGCCUCACUCCGGAGCCUCUGACCCCGGCCCCAUUCGGGCCACGGCUCCUAUGUGGCGCUGCAGCAGGAUCAUGCACAUGCAGCGGGAGCUGCACCCCACCCUGCUCUCCUCCCUGGAGGGCAUUGUGGACCAGAUGGUGUGGUUCAGAGAGAACUGGCACGAGGAGGUCUUGCGGCAGCUCCAGCAGGGUCUGGCUAAGUGCUACUCUGUGGCCUUUGAGAAGAGCGGCGCCGUGUCGGACGCCAAGAUCACGCCGCACACGCUCAACUUCGUGAAGAAGCUGGUCAGCACCUUUGGUGUGGGCUUGGAGAACGUUUCCAAUGUUUCCACCAUGUUCUCCAGCGCUGCCUCCGAGUCGCUGGCCCGCAGGGCCCAGGCCACAGCGCAGGACCCCGUCUUCCAGAAAAUGAAGGGCCAGUUCACCACAGACUUUGACUUCAGUGUGCCAGGUUCCAUGAAGCUCCACAAUCUGAUCUCCAAGCUGAAGAAGUGGAUCAAGAUCUUGGAGGCGAAGACGAAGCAGCUGCCCAAGUUUUUCCUGAUCGAGGAGAAAUGUCGCUUUCUCAGCAAUUUCUCUGCGCAAACUGCUGAAGUGGAGAUCCCAGGGGAGUUCCUGAUGCCCAAACCUACACACUACUACAUCAAGAUUGCCAGGUCUUCACUUGCGUCGGUUCAUGCCCAGGGUGGAAAUCGUUCAGAAACACAACACGGCUGCUCGCCGCCUCUACAUCCGUGGCCACAACGGGAAGAUCUACCCUUACCUGGUGAUGAACGACGCCUGCCUGACCGAAAGAGGAAGGAGACGACCAAGAGGCAUCUAUUCUUCACUGUGCCCCGAGUGGUGGCAGUGUCCCCUCAGAUGCGGCUGGUAGAGGACAACCCCUCGUCUCUGUCUCUGGUGGAAAUCUACAAGCAGCGCUGCGCCAAGAAGGGCAUCGAGCAUGACAACCCCAUCUCGCGAUACUAUGAUCGUCUGGCUACCGUGCAAGCUCGAGGCACGCAGGCCAGCCACCAGGUUCUCAGGGAUAUCUUGAAGGAGGUUCAGGGCAACAUGGUUCCUCGCAGCAUGCUGAAGGAGUGGGCUCUCCACACUUUCCCCAACGCCACAGAUUACUGGACCUUCCGCAAGAUGUUCACCAUCCAGCUGGCCCUCAUCGGCCUGGCAGAGUUCAUGCUCCAUCUCAACAGGCUGAACCCUGAGAUGCUGCAGAUAGCUCAGGACACGGGCAAGCUGAACGUCUCGUACUUCCGCUUUGACAUCAACGACGCCACAGGCGACCUGGACGCCAACCGCCCCGUCCCGUUUCGCCUGACCCCAAACAUCUCCGAGUUCCUGACCACCAUCGGCGUCUCGGGUCCGCUCACCGCCUCCAUGAUUGCUGUGGCGCGAUGCUUCGCACAGCCCAACUUCAAGGUGGAUGGAAUCCUGAAGGCCGUUCUUCGGGACGAGAUCAUCGCGUGGCACAAAAAGACCCAGGAGGACACCUCCAUACCCCUGUCUCCAGCCGGCCAGCCCGAGAACAUGGACUCCCAGCAGCUGGUCUUGCUGGUCCAAAAGGCCGUGACCGCCAUCAUGACCCGCCUCCACAACCUGGCCCAGUUUGAGGGCGGAGAGAGUAAAGUGAACACGCUGGUGGCUGCGGCCAACAGCCUGGACAAUCUGUGCCGCAUGGAUCCCGCCUGGCACCCCUGGCUCUGAGAGU